CUUUUAUAACAUUUUUCUCACACUAUAUCAUUCUAGCUUGCCCAUAAAGCCAAAGCCAAAGAGAAGAAGUGAAGGGUUGUGGCUAGAUUACUACAAUGAGAUCGGAUCGCGUUGAGAGAUUUGUUGUUCUUCCUUUUGCCAUCGGAUGCGCCUCCGAAUCGAGCAUUGCUCUCGGGAAAAGCAGUACUACUAAUCAAGUGAAGAAACCAUGUCAUGAUGAAGAACAAAAACCAACGAGAAGACCAGAAACAGAAGAAAGUUCAUUGUCUCAAGUGAAGAACAAGAGGAAUGGUUUCAUCAGUUUCCUGACUCUACCAAAGCCUUAUAUUUCCGGUGGCAUACAGAGAUUGAUCCGAAGCAUCAAAAGUUUGUCUCAGAUAUUUG